UCAGCUGAAUCCACUAAACACUACUAUUGUUCAUCACUAGUUAGAUUUGUUUUGUCAGGGUAUGACAAUUUAUCCAGAUACAUAACCUUUAUUCUUGAUAUCCAUACAUGAGUGUUCACCUGUCUUGGUUUGUAGUGAUGUCAAACUUGGCAAACUUAGCUGUCAAUAAGCUUCUAUCUUUUGUUGAUUAAAUUUUCCCUCAGUCUCACUUGCUCGUAAAUUUCAUCAGGGUCAUCUGUAUGCCAGAUGAUGAACUAGUUUAUAUUUGAUAGGUUUUGAUAUAUGCCUAUACUGACAGUCAUUGGGUUAAUGUUUUCUGCCCAGAGAUCAGAUGAAGCCUAUUGAGUCUUUACCCUUUCACGAAAUCUUGUGCUUUAAGAAGGUUGACAAGCUUCAAACAGCCUUACUGGGUGAUCCUAGAAAAAGAAUUCAAGCUGAUCUGCUGGAGGUCCGUAAAUAUUUGCGCUGCGGCUGCUGCAGUAGCAGAGAAAGCAGAUUGCUGCCAUCUCUUCAUGACACUUCAAUUUUGUAUAUUCUGGCUCAAGAGCAUGGUGAUAUCAUUAAUGUUCACGAUUGGUUCCAAUCUUUUAAAGCCAUUCUCGUAAAUCCAUCUAUCAAAGCUAGGAGUAAGUCAAAGCAUUCUUCAACACCUAAGAAAAAGAAAAAUACUGAACAUUCGGAUAGCUACAGUGCAGCGGCAAUUCAAGCACGUUUCUGCAAGGGAGUUUCAGAGCUCCAGGUUACUGGACUACUUCGAAUGCCUACGAAAAGGCGCCCAGACUUUGUGCAGAGAGUGGCCUUUGGACUGUAACAAAUCAUAAUUAUUACUCGUGCCUGAAAUUGCAACUAUGCCAUGAAUUCCAGACUUUUAGCCUGCAGAAUUAUCGGUGCUUGCAUGUUGUACUUUAUAGAUCAAAACAGAGAGAGAUGUGAAGAAGACCUUGUCACUACUAAAAUCACAUUAUCACGGACCAUGUUGGUUCAGCUUAUGUAAGCUUCAUAUCAAGACGUGUGCAUAUGAUAUUUUACGCUUUAGAAUUGGUUCCGCUGCUCAUUUCCUGGUGGGCAAUAGAAGUACUUUGUAACGUAGAAGUAUACGGUUUCUUAAUUUUAAUGAAUUGUCAUAAGCACGUCAUUAGUAAAUACUUCAAGUUUUCCAGUAUCUAUCGGGAUAUAAAUUUGAAGAAGUUUCAUAACAGUUCUACUUUAUA